AUGGAUUUACCUGGACCAAUACAUGAUUUUCUUUUAGUUUUUCUGGGGUCGGGCCUUAUAUUAGGUGGUCUAGGAGUAGUAUUAUUUACCAAUACAAUUUUUUCUGCUUUUUCGUUAGGAUUGGUUCUUGUUUGUAUAUCUUUAUUCUAUAUUCUAGCAAAUUCCCAUUUUGUAGCUUCUGCACAACUCCUUAUUUAUGUGGGAGCUAUAAAUAUAUUAAUAAUAUUUUCUGUAAUGUUCAUGAAUGGUCCGGAAUAUGACACAGAUUUCCGUCUGUGGACUGUGGAGGACGGGAUUACCUUAUUGGUUUGUGCAAGUCUUUUUGUUUCAUUAACUAUUACUAUUCUAAAUACGUCCUGGUAUGGGAUUAUUUGGACUACAAAAUCAAAUCAGAUUCUAGAACAAGAUCUGAUAAGCGCUAGUCAACAAAUAGUAAUUCAUUUAUCAACCGAUUUUUUUCUUCCAUUUGAACUCAUUUCAAUAAUUCUUUUAGUUGCUUUAAUAGGUGCAAUUGGCGUGGCUCGUCAAUAAUAAUUCAUUUGAUUUUUUAAAAUAGCAAUCAAAAAAACUGAUAUUUUAUCAUAUUCAUUUUCAUUCUAGUCAAUCAAAUUGGUUUAAUUCAAUUUAUUAUUCUAUUAUCAUAUCAUUUUUUUGUUCUUCUUUUUUUUUGUAUUAUAACUUAUUAUAUUCUAGUUAAUCAAA